UUCUGUCCUUCAGUACUUCAGAGCAUUCACUAAGAGACAUGAGUGAAGAGCAGAGACAAACAAACAGAGAGAGCUGGACUAUAGACGGUCAGCUAAAAGCUAGAAGCCAUAAACUCCGGACAUAGCACAGAAACUCUCAGUAAACAGGGCUAUAAAGCUACAAAGUGAGUCAUUCUUGGGUUAAGAUGAUGGAAUUGAAUUAGUGUCAUGAAGUGAUUAAUAACUCCAUAGACAUGGACAGGCUGAAUCACAAUGUUCCAGAACAUGGCCGCCAGACUCAUCAGGUGCUACAGAGCACACCACUGGACCUGAUUGAAACAGGCAAGACUCUCAAAGUCCAGGCAGAACUACCCCAUCUUGUCAGCUUGGGAAGUGGUCGUCUGAGUACAGCUAUAACUCUACUGCCCUUGCCGGAGGGGAAGACUACACUCGGACAUAGGAACACAGACAUUACUAUUCAGGGUCCCGGUAUCACUGCUCAACACUGCUACAUUGAAAAUGCAGGGGGAACCAUCACACUAUACCCCUGUGGAAAUCAGUGCUCAAUGGAUAGCCUAGCAGUUACCAAGCCUUCUAGACUCACACAAGGGUGUAUGCUGUGUUUUGGUCAGUCAUCCUUUUUCCGCUUUAACCACCCAGAGGAGGCCCUGAGGAUGAAAAGUUUGAUGCCAUGUGUAAACCCUGGACUUAUCGGUGCUUACAAGAAUCACUCAGAAACCCAUAGCCAGCUCAAUGGAAAUCAUGUGCCUGUUCAAGAGCGAACUCGUCCUGGACACGGCACUCUUGUCCGCUCUAUUGAGAGAGACCUCCAGCAUAUCAUGAACUCUCUGUCUAUGGAUGAAGCUCAGACUUCCUCAUGUGAGCACCGUAAACAAACCCACCACCCCAUUCCACAAUCUGACAUGCUUAACGGGGAUGGCCACAGUCUUGUCUCCCCUGCAGCCAGUCCUGGUGCUAUGUCUGUAAGCUCCAACUAUAAAAAUGGCAGUCCUGCCUUCUCUCCCCUUUCAACAGCAUCUGUGGUUAGCAGUCCUAAAGCUUGUUUGGACUCAGCCAAUGAUCAUUCAACAACCUACACCCACACAAUCCAGGCACCAGUGCCACAACCACGCACAUUUGCCUCCAAGGUCAGCAGCUCUAAUGGUGGUCCGAAGGAUCAAGAAAGUCCCAGACUUCAGAAGAAAGUCUUGAUUGAAACCCCCUCAAGCCCCACAACAAACCGACAGGCCAGUGCCACACUCACCCCAAAGUCCGUCACAACCUCUUCCUCACCAGCCUCUUCCAGCCUAAGCUCCAGUGUUGGCUCCUCUGUCCAAGAAACUUCUUCCAGUCUUCAGCUCAACCAGCUUCACUUACGUCCACACUUCCCUCCAGAGGGCCCCCAAUCCACUCGCCGUGGCAUCGAACCAUCCAGCAUGAGUGAUCUUCCUCCUCUCAGUCCCUCUGCAGCACGCAGAAGUGUCUUAGGAUUGCCUGUUCUCACUGGAGCUCUACCUGGUGUUCCCCUGACCCCUCGCAACCAAUCGGGUCGGAGCGUACCAGAGAGUCCUCGACACCAACGACGAAUCGCAACAGAGGAAGAAGUAGGAAAUAGCAGGCUGCGAGCCAGAAGUCCAUCUCCUGUAUCAGGAGUUUUGAAGGACCAGCCAGGUGGACCUGUAAGUAGACAGAGGGGGGGUAUCACCCCAGCUAUUAUCUCUCAGACUGGGGUGUCUCCUCUCACCAGUCCCCGGAACCAAAGGAAGAACCCCAGGGAGCCACGGCAAGUCCAGCCACGCAUAUGGGAACGUAAGAACAGCAUAUCAGAGGUCAGCGACAAAGAGGAAGACUUACUGGAAUACCAUCGCUGGCAGAGAGAGGAGAGGAUGCGUGAGCAGGAGAUGGAAAGGCUGGAGAGGCAGAGGCUUGAGACCAUCCUUAAUUUGUGCAUGGAAUAUAAUAAGAGUGACCCACUGGAUGGCGUGGACACAGGAAGGGCGUGUCAAUUUCCUGGUAUGGAGGAGGUCUCUGUUCGGCGACCAUGCCCUGAACCCGCGAGUGUGGCAGUCCAGAACUCUCAAAGACAGAGAGAUAGUGAGAAGGAGAACCUGAAAGAGGAGUGUAGCAGCACUGAAAGCCAGCAUCAGGAGCAUGAAGAUUCUUCAGUGCUGGGGCAGCAGGAGAGAGUGUUUCUGGAGGAGGAGUGUCUCAGGGUUCUUGCUCGAGUGGAUGAAAUGAAGACUCGUGUCACUGAGCUGGAACAACAGAUACAGGAGUACAGGCAAGAGGCAGAGAUGGAAAAGGCAUUACUGCAGGGAGAAAGGAGGGCGGAGCUCAAUCAAGUGGAGACAGAAUUAGCGAUUAUCAAUCAACUUCAGCUCAAACUGAAUGAAGUGGAAAAUGCAACUCACAGGGAGAAAGAGAAGAAGCUGGAGCCGCUGGAGUCGGCCACUAAGUGCUUUGAGGAUAUGGAGUUCCACCAGUUGGAGAGAGAGAGUGUCAUAGAGGAAGAGAAAGAUACAGUCAGUCAACAGCUGUUGCAAAAGAAGGCAGAGUAUCACCGCAAUGUGAACAAAAGGAAGGAAAAAAUGGCAUCCCUUGAGAUCCAAGCUAAUCAACUAGCUAUUCAGGCAACUCAGGAUUGUGAAAGGAUGGCCAAAGAUAGAAUUCUGGCCCUACAGAGGCUCCACAAGGAAAAGGAGAGACUGGCUUCCCUGGAGAAGAGAUACCAGAGCCUGACAGGUGGAAACACUUUUCCCAAGCCUACCAACACUCAGAAGGAGAUGGAUGUGUGUGCUCAGGAAUACCUCAAACUCUCUGAUGUAUAUAAGAUGUAUGGGAACGGAUGUAUACCAGCCCAAACUGCCUCCCCUAAUGCUCUCUGUCUUCCCCUGGCUGUAAAAUCAGACACACCUCGUGAGGAGUAUGUGACAGUUAGUCAAUUAAAUCAGUUGUUCGGGAUGCCCAAAGUUGACCUCUCCCCCACAACUACCGUCCAAUCAUUCCAAGCUACUGUUGCUGACCCUGUCCACUCCAGCUACACAUCUCAGUGUGGCUCUUUCCAGUCACUUCUUGUUGAGACCCAGCCUUCAUGGAGUAGGUCUUCAAUCCCCAGGCUAGAUUCUGAACGCUGGUACCAGGAAAUCAUGGCAGCUGGUCAGCCCAGUCAUGACUGCCCUCCUCCUCUGCCAGCCAAAUGUCUUUCCUCACGUAAACCUAUGCAGAUCUCCAAGUGUAAGCAAGAUGGAGAUGUGGGACAGACCAACGGCACUUUUACUCCCCCACCAUCCAGCAUGAGCACAUCAGGCAGAAACACGCCCACCAAAAGUCUCACAGAUCUGUCUCCUGCUUAUUUGGACUCCAGGAGACAGUUGGAUCUACAGGACAGAGAUCCUAAACAGAGGCCUGUGAUAGAGACUCAAAGCCACUGGAGGGCACCACAGGGCUCUAACUCCCAGUUCAACACCCCUUUCCUAUCUUCAGGAGCUCCCAUGGUACACCACUCUAUUCUGCACCACCAGGCACCCCCAGCUGGAGAAUCAAUGUAUGACACUCUGAGUCUGGAGAGCUCUGACAGCAUGGAGACCAGCUUAUCUACUGAAAACAACUCUGCCUGCUCACCUGAAAGUGGCAAUGGGCUGGCAGGACUGAGGCUGGAGGAGAUGGAGAAGAUGUUGAAGGAGGCCCAGCAGGAGAAAGCCAGACUGGUAGAGAGACGAGAGAGGGAAGUUCAGGCACGAAAGCAGCUGCUGGAAGACGAGAGAAAGAGGCGAGAGGAUGUGGAGAGGAGGUUGCAGGAUGAGACUGAACACAGGCAGAUACUUGUGGAGGAAGAGGUCAAGAUGAGGGAGAAACAGUGUUCCCAGGCUCGGCCAAUGACGCGGUACCUGCCUAUUCGGAAAGAGGAGUUUGACCUUCGUUCUCAUGUGGAGUCUUCAGGCCACUGCGUGGACACCUGUCCAUAUGUCACUGUAACAGAGAAAAUGUGCAAGGGCCAUCUUGUGAAGAUGGGUGGCAAGAUCAAAUCCUGGAAAAAACGGUGGUUUGUCUUCGAUCGACUUAAAAGGGCCUUUUCUUAUUACGUAGAUAAGCAUGAGACCAAACUGAAGGGUGUAAUCUACUUUCAAGCCAUUGAGGAGGUUUAUUACGAUCACCUGCGCAGCGCAACUAAGAGUCCCAAUCCCUCCCUAACCUUCUGUGUGAAGACUCACGAUCGACUUUAUUUCAUGGUGGCACCAUCCCCAGAAGCCAUGCGAAUUUGGAUGGACGUCAUAGUUACAGGUGCUGAGGGCUACACACAGUUUAUGACCUGAGGGCGAGAGAGCACAAUUAUGCCUACAAUGAUCUGAGAGAGGGCAAGACUCAUUUAACAGGAUGUGAAGCAUGUGUAAAUUGUGGUCAAAUCGUGUCAAAAACUUCCGACCAGCACAGACGGAUCUCUGUGUCAUCGGGACUAGAGAGGAACUGGAAGCAGGCUGGACUAAUGCUGACAUAAUAUUGUGCAACUGAUGCUCAGAUUUUAUGUUGGUAAAUAGAAAACCUGAAUAAAAGUAGAUUAUAUAUAAAGACAGAAAGAAAAACAAAUGUUUGUCUCUAUACUGUUGUAAUACAAGGAAAAUUACAGAGCUCAGAGCUUACAGUAUUUAAUGGCAUUUCAUAUCAAUUAUAUGCCUCAUUUUUUUUUUUUUAUACAUAUAUCUCUUGAAUUUUAUGGUGCCAGGCCUUAUGGUGUAUAUACAUCAGUACAUUACAACACCAAACACUUAUAUUUACUCUUAGGUAUUUAGUUGCAGUGACAUAAUUACAAGGAAGAGAUGAUAUUAAACUCUAAAUAAAAUGUAUUUGAUAGUCUUCAUAAUCUCUGUUUUUUGGUGAGAAAUCUGUAUUUACAUUUUUCAUUACCAUGCAAGAUAUUUUACUGCAUUUUACAUGUUGUCUGUCUCUGUCUUGUUUGUUCUGAAUAAAUUUUUUUUCUGCAGAUUCUCAAACAAAUGUCUCAGGUGCUUAGACGAUAAAAAAAAAUUUAAAAAAAGAAGAUAUGCCUGCUGCCUGAUUUGUAACUUUACAAGGUUUUGGUGGGGGACCAUUGCAGUAAAUGUUUUUGUGUUUUUAAAAUGAACCUUGGUACACUUGUACUGAAAGGGUUUGUCCUGCCAGAGCUUCACCUGUAUUUACCCGUGAUAUAUAUAUAUAUAUAUUUAUAUAUAUGCUGAAUUGCACAUCUUUUAUUUCAGGGUUUUUAAAGAUGUACUGAUGUACCGCUAUGAUUUAUACUCGUAUAUGUUGUGUUCAUUGUGCUAUUCAGAUAAUUGAGAUCCUCUUAUUGAUGUCCUCUAAAUUCAUUAUAAGAACAGAAUAAACUUUUGAUAAAUCAGUGUUACAUCACUAACAAUGUAUUUCUAAACAGUAACUUUGCUUUUUUAAUUUGACAGAACCAUGUAGCAUAUACUCUGAGGCAAAUAAAAGGUAGAACAAAACACUUGUGUUCAUUUUAGUAAACCUAUUAUAAAAAUAUCACAAUAUUGUACACCUAAUGUUUUGAAAUCAUGCACGAAAACUGUUGUAUCAUUAUUAAAGAGGCAAAGGUACUCAUUAAACCAUGGAGAUAAUGUUAUGAAAUUAAAUAAACUAGA